GGGCCCGGGGCUUGCCACGGGCGCCGGGGCGCACGCUGGGUUCGCAGCACAGGGAAGUCCUUUGUUUCCGGUUGGCCCUGGCGCCUGUGGGCGCGCGGGGCCAGGCGUGGAGCCCAGGCUUCACGGGCACCCCGGGACCCGUCUGGACUGAGCGCGCGGAGACGGAAUCGCUACUCCCCGAGCGCCUGCCCCGUGCGCCUGGGUCGAGCUCCUGCCCCGUGCGCCGUGGGUCCAGCUCCACUGGCGGGCAAAGGCAGGAGCGGGAGAGGGGAGCUCUUCCCGCCCGCGUUUGUAGGCGCCGGGUGAAGGCCGCCUAGGCCCGGGAACACCGAGACACAAAAGGCAGGCAGGAUGAGGGAGCAGCUGCGGGGCGAACGACGAAGGGAAAACGAAAGCCUCGCGCCUGAUUGCUAACAGCGUGAAGGCGCCGGACCGCCUUCCAGACCCCGGCGGCACCCGGGCCUGCCCUCGUGGGCCUGCCUGGUUGAGCUCCGCGUACCGCAGCCAUGGCCAUCGCCCACCUGGCCACGGAAUACGUGUUCUCGGACUUUUUGCUGAAGGAGCCCGCCGAGCCCAAGUUCAAGGGACUGCGGUUGGAGCUGGCCGUGGACAAGAUGGUCACGUGCAUCGCGGUGGGACUGCCUCUGCUGCUCAUCUCGCUGGCCUUCGCCCAGGAGAUCUCCAUUGGUACACAGAUCAGCUGCUUCUCCCCCAGCAAUUUCUCCUGGCGCCAGGCUGCCUUUGUGGAUUCUUACUGCUGGGCUGCUGUUCAGCAGAAGGACUCCCUGCAGAGCAACUCUGGGAACCUGCCCCUGUGGCUGCACAAGUUUUUCCCCUACAUCUUACUGCUGUUCGCCAUCCUCCUGUACCUGCCCCACCUGUUCUGGCGUUUCGCAGCCGCACCUCAUCUCUUCUCAGACUUGAAGUUUAUCAUGGAGGAACUUGACAAGGUUUACAACCGUGCGAUUAAGGCUACAAAGAGUGUCCGGAACCCAGACCUGCCAGACGGAGGCUCCUGCCCCAUUCCGGCAUUUCCCAGUGCUAAUGAGAAUGCAGGACAGAGUUUCUGGGAGGUACCAGAAAGUCACUUCAAGUACCCCAUCGUGGAACAGUACCUGAAGACGAAGAAGAGCUCCAGCAAGCUCAUCGCGCAGUACGUCGGCUGCCGGCUGCUCACACUCACCAUCAUGCUGUUGGCGUGCGGCUACCUAGGCUAUUACUUCAGCCUCUCGUCGCUCUCGGACGAGUUCAUCUGCAACAUCAAGUCGGGGAUCCUGAGAAACGACAGCAGCGUGCCCGAUCGGUUUCAGUGCAAGCUCAUCGCCGUGGGAGUCUUCCAGCUGCUCAGCUUCAUCAACCUCCUGGUGUACGGGCUGCUGGCGCCCCUCGUGCUCUACACGCUGUGCGUCCCCUACCGGCAGAAGACAGACAUCCUCAAAGUGUACGAGAUCCUGCCCACUUUCGACGUGCUGCAGUUCAAGUCGGAAGGGUACAACGACCUGAGCCUCUACAACCUCUUCUUGGAGGAGAACAUAAGUGAGCUUAAAUCCUACAAGUGUCUUAAGGUCCUGGAAAAUAUUAAAAGCAGCAGCGAGGGGAUUGACCCCAUGCUGCUCCUCACCAACCUCGGCAUGAUCAAGAUGGACGUGCUUGAUGGAAAAGCUCGCAAGCCCACAGAGACGGCAGGAGAGGAGCAGGGCAGCCAGAUGGCAGCGCUCAAAGUUUUCACAGAUUUGGACGAACACAGUGAAACUAAAGCGAGUAAUGGGGAUAAGAAUGCUCGGCAGAGACUUCUGAAUUCUUCUUGAAUAUGACAUCUGUGACUUUUACAACAGAAUUCACUUUGUCUCAAGCUGUUUGAUUCAUAGUUGGUUUGCAGCCAAUUGUUCCUGGUGGAGAUACUCAGAGUCUCUAAAGGAACAUGGCAAUCAGCAAAAUGCUGUGGAGGAUGGCUUAUGAGCACCCUACAAGAAGCAGUGCCGAGAGAAGUAAGCCACCAAAGUAUGUCUAUGUGAGUCCUAACGGGGCAGCGGGAAGGCUGGUACGAGGAGCCCUCUUCACCGCUCAGACACACACUCCUCUGUUCCCGCUGCGACAGGACCACGAGCUUUGGGAGAUGUGUUGUCUGAUGAGACAAUAAACCUGUCAGAACAGAACUUAUCUUGGUCUCUUCUGUGCCCUUCGUGACUGAGACAAGAAAUGUACUCCCUGGGGACCUGCCCAUCAAUCUGCCUUCGGCCGGUCUUACCCCAGCUGUGUGUGUGGUGCCUUGCUUCUCUGGCACGCGGGUGCUUGUCUUGCAUGACUCAGUACCUUCCUCGAGGCACUGAUGGUUGCACUCUGCCCUGGGGAGAGGUGGAUAUGGGGGUAGCUGCCCAGGUGCUCCUGGCUUCAACCCCAGAUGGAACACUGAAAACAAAACAA